AUGGAAGAUCAAAAUCAGCAAAAAAAAUGCCAGUUAUGCCGAAAGGUAGUUGAUAUAUUAUGUGACUAUACUAGUGUUGAGGGAGAAAAGACCGAGAACAUUUGUCAAGAUUGCUGUGGCAAAAUAGCCGAAAAAGAAGAGGAGGAAAGAAAGGAUAAGGGAUACCGACGAAGGAAAAUUUGCCGUUAUUGUGUUCGGGAAUUCCCGUGGGAUAAAGAUUUAGACUUUUUACCAGCCAAACAGAAGGUCGAAAGAGAGUUAGAAAAUCACGAGCAUAUUUGUCCGAAAAAAAAUGAUAAAUCCGGGAAAAUUAGAUGGGAUAAAAAAAUUAAGAGUGUGAAAGCAGCCAAAAAACAAGCCGUGGCCGACUCGACUUAUCACAAAAAAAUAGAAUGUGGUAAAAAUUUAACUUCUUAUAAUAUUGCCGUUUACUUUUCUCCUCCCCAAGGAGGAAAUAAGCAUGCUGACCUUAUUUAUGCUGACGGGAUUGAUAAAAGUUUAUUGACUAUCGAGCAAGAUAACCAAGGGGAAAUUUACCAAGAACCCGUUAAUUGA